AGUUAAUUUACAUAAAUUCUGUUAUAGUUGUUGAUUUGGAUAGAAAUUUGGCAUUGUAAAAUUGUUUUCCUCGAAUAAAUUUUAACAUAAUCUUCAAUAUAGAUCAAUAACAAAUCACUUUUACGUUAUCAAACGGUGAAAUUGCCAUUGUUUACGAGAAAUUUGGCGCAUUUUUCCCACAAUUAGGCCUAACACGUUCACUUGCUUUACAUCAAAGUAAACGAAUACGAACCAACGAAAUACAGAUUAUUUUACUUAAUAACUCGCGUAUCACUCGACUCGCUAGUCAUUUACGUUUUAAAUAAAUCGAAAACGACGAGAAACACGACUAAUUCGUGGAGUAGUGGAAAAUCGAAAAUUCAAAUUUGUCAGAAGAGUAAUCCCGCACUCGGUGACGUCACGCGUUUAAAUUCGAAAAAAUUCCGUGGCGUAAAAUCGUGAUAUUUGUCGUACGAAAUAAUUUCUCAUAUUUAAAUAAGUAUACUUAUCCGUCUGGAAGAUAGUUUAGAAAAAACGGGACAAUGGAUAAUUGGUUAGGCGGUAUCUAAAGAAGUAAUGAGGCAUCGAGAUGGGUAAAAUUCUGUCCGAUGAUUUAGGUGUAUAUAAAUAUAUUCAGAACCUUAUAAUGAACUAAAUGAUUUGAAAAAUGACCUAGAUGAUGAGAAAUGGAAGUAAUGGAUUCUGCCGAACCUCAACCGUUAAAGGCUUUAGAAGCAGUGCACAUUCACAACCAUUUACUAGAAAGAUUUAAUAAGUUGAAGAAAUGGCAGGAAGAGCAGCAGGAACGUUUACGUUCCAUACAAAAACUUCAAUGGCAGAAACUACAUGAACAACAAGAACAUAUUGGUGCUGUAUGGAAGAAAAAACAGAUGAAUGAUGGUAGUGCCAAUGUAAAUACUAUAAACACCAUAAAUGCUCAGAAUAAUCCUAUGCCAAUAUCUGUAACUAGAGUUGAAAAUGCUUAUAAAUCAAAAGAAAGUCAAUUUGUACAGAAGGAAGCAGAAUCGGUCGUAUGUAUUGAUGACGACGAUAGACCCAUUCGAUCGGAAUAUUCAGACGAAACAUCUUUUGAAGAAUUACUUGAAAAACAGCUAUCAAAAGAUAGGGAUAUUCCCACUGGAAAAAAGUCUAAACCGAUAAAAAGGCCAUUCCUAAAAAAGGGAAGUGGUUUGAAGAAAUAUAAUAUUAAGAUGCCUCCAAAAUUAGUAAAGAAACCACCAAAGCAAUUAAUUAGUAAAUUAAAACUGAAGAAAGAAGUUAAGAAAAAUGAUUUUCCGUCGAUAGUGAUCGAAAAACACAACACUGUAACUUCACACGGAGACCAAAGCGAUUCAAAUACUGCAUUGGAUCAUCAAGAAUAUUUCCCACUUAAACAAAUGGAUUUAAAAGAAAUCACACAGCAGGAUUCUUUUAUCAGAGAUUGUGAGAAAUUAAAGAAAGAACAUCAAAAAGAAUCUGUUGAAUUGGCAGAAUUUGAAAUGCUAGAAGAGGCUGCUCACAACAUCUCAUUUACGAGCGAGUCAUCAUUGUUGGCUUACGUGGCAAAACGGUAUCAGUCACCAAAAGACAGAACAAAAUCUCAAGAUAAUAAAGAAAGUGGAAUUGAAAAUCUAGAAGAAAAUCUUGUUUUGCAAACAGCACAGCUUGAAAAAUUGCUUAAUUCUGUUAAAAAUAGGCAUCAGUUUUUACAACAAAAUGUAGAAGAUUUAAAACAAAUUGAUGAUGACAACACUAAUGCUUUAAGUGUAAUAAAUGAAGAAAAUGAUAUUGAAAGCAGCUCUCAGACAGACUGUUCUCUAAAUGUACUGCAGAAUGAGAAUAAUGAAGACAGAUUAUCGGCCGAAUCUGACAAUGAAGAUAAAUCAUUUAAUGAUGAAAAUAGUUGGAAAGGAAGCGUGCAUUUUGAAGAUUCUGAGAAUAUAUUCAAUUCUACGCUUUGUGCCGAUAAUUCUGUUGAUGAUGACUGUCCAAAUUCUACAGUUUUUAAGGAAGAAAAUGACACAUCAAGUAAUAAGUUGAUUGAUUGCAAAAUAAAUGAUGAGCAAAUAGCAGAAAAUAAUAAAACAAAAACAACACAAUAUUCUACAGACAUUACUAAUGAAGUUUUGUUGGCUGAAAGGUAUCAUCUUCAAAAGAAAAGUAAAGAAUUGGAAGAAGAAAUAGAAGUAUUUAAAAAAGAAAAUGCACUCUUAAUUUCACUAAGCAAGCAGCGUGAAGAAAUGGUAAAACAAUUACAAAACGAAAAAAAAGAUUUUGAACAGUUUAAAAAAGAAAUGGAGAAAAAAAUGCAAGGUGAACUUGACGAAGGAAGGAAACAAUUAAGAAGAGAGAGGCAGAAUUUUGAAAGAUAUCAAAAAUUGAAAAAGGAUCAUCCAGAUAAGAAAGAGAGAGAGAUCAUCUCAACACUUCGGCAGCAAAUAGAAACAUUGCAAAAUGAUAUUAAAAAGCAAGAAAAUAAGUGGUCGUUAGAAUGUCGUCGACUGCAAAAUAAAUUGGCUGUUACCGAAAAAGAGAGAGAUAGCUUAAAAAUUUCACUCAAACAACUGGAAUCCCAAAGAGUAGAGUUGCUGACUCUGUUAAAAGAAAAUCAAAAGAAAAAGCAGCAGGUAAAGAAGGAGAUUAUUAAUACUAAUCAGUCGCAACCAAUACAUAGAACUGAAGUGAUUAAUCAUGUGAAAAAGCCGGCUAAGAAGCAGAUCGAGGAAAAUAAGGCCAUCGACGAAAAAGAAAAUAAUUACAGUGGAGCCAAGGCCGACAGAAUAGAAAAGGAAACAAUUGUCUCUAAGAUCUCUUCAGAUAGUGAAGAAAAUUUGAAUUCCAAAUCGAAACAAAAUUUAUCAAAGAAAAAUCUCAAAGUGCGAUUUAAUACCGAUCCGUUAGUAGAUAAACAUAAUUAUGAGGCAAUUUCUCAUUCAUUAGAUACAUUUACGGAGAAGGAAAAUUUUAUGAAAAUCUCUCAUCCAGAUAAAAUAGAAAAUGUGUACAGUAAUGGAGAUAGAGAAUACUUAUAUCCAAGUGGAACAAAGAAACGUAUCAGUGCAGAUAAUUUGACAACAACCAUAAACUUUUAUAAUGGCGACUGGAAACAGAUUUUGUCGGAUGGGAGAAUUAUAUAUUAUUAUGCCGAAACAGGCACCGCACAGACAAUCUACCAGGACGGACUACAAAUUAUAGAAUUUGCAAAUGGACAGGUUGAAACUCACCACGUAAAUGGGGUUAAAACUGUGGCCUUCGGAGAUUCUCAAUUUACUUUAUAUCCUGAUGGUUCUGAAGAGAGCAUCAUGUCCGACGGAACCGUCGUCAGAAUCGAUCCAAACGGAAUAGAAACUGUUCGUUUCUCAAAUGGUGAAAUUGAAGUAAGAACAAACGAAUUUAAGAAACGAGAGUAUCUGGACGGAACUAUUAAAAUACUGUAUGCCGACGGGAGACAAGAAACUAGAUACGCUAACGGUCGGAUGAGAGUUAAAGGGAAAGACGGUGAUGUUAUAUUAGAUAUAGAAUUACCACGUUUAUAACUUUAAUCUUGGAAUUAUAUUAAAAAAUAAAUUUAUGAUUUGAAUGCUUCAAAAUCUGAGAGAAAUUUUUACAAUUACCUUUCUUUGUUGUAAAGUUCUUGAAUUUUGUAAAUAAAAGAAUUUAUUUAUGUAAUUUUUAUUGUGUAAUUUUGUUCCACAACAUACAUUUUUACUCUGUUUUCAUUGAAGAUGAUUCUUUACAAUGGUUUAAGCUUUUCUAAAACAAUUAAAACCAUCAAAACGAUGUAAAACCAUUAUUUUUGAUAAUUACAUCUUAUAACUGAAUAAAAACAAAUUAAAAUACUUCAAACAU